AUGUGCGUCAACUGCAACGUGGGGUUAAGGGUCCCGGAUAGAAGGAACAAGGAAACGGGCCGCUGCCCAAAAUGCGAAGGGAUCGUCGCCGAGGAUUGUCCGUGCGACGACGCCGAUCCAUAUUGCCUGAAUUGUGCUCGUCCCGAAUGGCAAGAUCAUCAGGACUGCCAUGGAUGCCUGAGGACAGAAAAUAGCGCCCUUCCCGCCUGUCAAUUAAGGUGCAUCCAGGACAAUGAGACCCUCUAUAUGUCCGAGGAUCCCAACUGUCGAUACCACCAUUUAUAUCCCAUCUAUGUGCACCGGUAUCCUGGGAACGACGUUUGGUGGCACAUAGCCUACACGGGCCCUAAAUACAAGCCAGACAAGCGCGUCCGUCGUGAAGUUGCCGCUUCUGGAGCGCCAAUCAAGCGGAUCCGUCUUCGUCAGCGCACCAAGCGAGAUGAGGAUCCGAACGUGUUCAUCUACUACCCAAUCAACCCCACUUACAACGCCAAGUGCCGCCGGGAAGAUUUUGACAAACUGACUGCAAAUGAACUGGCGAUGGCGUCGAUGAAGCUGCAUUUUGGAUGUUACGAAGGGACAUGGUGCGAGGAGCAGAAUGCCUUUCCUAGCGAAAUCUUGGCCAACGACUCGCUGGCCCGCAUCUGCUACCCGCGUCCGUUGAAGACCUACAUCCUCGGCAAGGGCAGAUACAAGCCGUGGUGCACCGAUCCUCACGGCAAUCAGUUCGAGCCGAAGAAUGUGGCGAGUUGGGGAUGUAUGGUACUGCCGUUCUGCAAACUGGACCAACCGGGAGAAUUCGAUGAACAAAAAUACCUGAGGCCUGUAGCUGAAAACGGAGAUCUGCUGAACUGCAUGGAUAUUUGUCCAAGAAAUGAGAAUGGCCGUGGAUUGACGGACAAACCGGAUUGUCGACCCAUCCCUAGCAAUCCGGAAAACGACUAUUUCGGUGUCCUCAGUAUUACGGAAAAGAUGGAUUGGUGCGACGCGGAGAAGUCGACUCACAAAGACCCGUGGUCACUCAAUCCGCCGUGCAAUCCGAUUCCGCAGUGUCGAGGAAAUGUCGACGGACGUGCGCCGGAUGCGAGGGAUUGGCGCAAGAAUCUGCUCUACUACCAGAAAAAUGUCGCCGGUGUCCCAUGCGUCGUCUACAAGCAGUGCAGUGCUUUGACGGAAGAGGAGAGGAUGAAGUACCAUUGCGUCGGCUCGGCCAUGACAACGAGCACGACAAAAGCCUCGACGACGACAACGGCAAAGACGACUGCAAAGACAACGACCGAGAAACCGAAUGACGGGCUGGGGGAUGAGGUCAUCUUGAUUGCAGCCUUGGGUUCAACUCUGCUGGUGUUCAUCAUGCUGACCGUCAUCGUGUUGUGCUGCUGUCUGAAGAAGAAGGCCAAGGGCCCGAAAGGAAAGAAACCGAUUGUCGAUGACAUGAUGAACGUCGGCGCCGGCAACAUCAGCGUCGACAUGGACGUCGUGCCGGUCACCAACACGGAGGCCGCAUCUGAUACGACCGAAACCACCAAGUGUAAG